CUUUAACUUCCACGAACACACACUCAUAGUGAUUACAACAUGGCAUCUAACAACGAUCCACAUUACCAUCAUCAACAACCUAGUAAUGCUGCUAUUGCUACAGCUGCUGCUGCUGCUGCCGCUGCUGCUGCCGCCGCUGUUUCAGGUAGUGCUACCGCGCCUGGAGGUCAUCCUGUUUUCGAUCUUCCAAAGUUUUGGCACGAACAAAUGGGAAUUGCUGAUGCCAGUGAACCCGACUUUAAAAACCAUCCUUUACCAUUGGCCCGUAUCAAAAAGGUUAUGAAAACAGAUCAAGAUGUCAAGAUGAUCAGUGCCGAGGCUCCUAUUUUAUUUGCUAAAGGUUGUGAAAUCUUCAUCACUGAACUCACAAAGCGCGCUUGGGUUCACGCUGAAGAAAACAAACGACGAACACUUCAACGAUCAGAUAUUGCUACAGCUAUAUCAAAAACGGAUAUGUGCGACUUUUUGAUUGAUAUUGUACCCCGUGAAGAAGCAUCAAAAGCACCAAGUUCUGCUGUAUAUGAUCAGCAACAAAGUUAUGCCAGCUAUUAUCAACAACCACCAAACCUUCCAUCUUAUCCACCUGGACAGGUUCCUCAACAACAACAAAUGGAUGCUGCUUACUAUCCACCAUUGUCUCAGUUGACUCCGGAACAAGUACAGCAAUACCAAUUACAAUUACAACAAUUUGCUGCCCAACAGCAGCAACAGCAACAACAACAACAGCAACAACAGCAACAACAUCAACAACAGCAGCAACAACAGCAACAACAGCAACAUUCAUAUACAUCUCACCACUCCAUGUCCGAAACUCAAUCCCAAAACCAACCUGCUCAAUCUUCUGUCAACUCAUCAAGGUCAGACGAAAAGCAUGAAUAGAUUGUCCUUAGUUAUUAUAGUUUAUCUUUUCUUUGUCUUUGAAAGUGUUACUUCCUUUUUAUUAUAUAUUUAUUCUUAGUUUUAUUGAUUUGUUUAUUUUUAUUUUUAUUAUUUUGCUUGUAUUACUUUUAUCAAUCAUUUUCAAUAAACAUCCCUUAUGUCUUUCAUUUA